ACUACGUCAUGGCUAACGUUCUCAUCCUGGAGAGGGCCAUAGGAGAGAUACACAUUGAGGACUAUCCAGCACUGACCAGGCUGAUCAUCCACGACCAACAAGCCAGUUGCAACGACAUAUCAGCAAACCCCUGGACGACGGUCCGCAUAGGCUUCCGCACUUGUCAGAACGUCCAGCACAGCAGUGAACCCAAAGACGUAACAAUGACCACGCUCAGAACCGUUGAAUUGACGGCUUUAACCUUCAACACACCUUGGAUAUAUGUUAUCCUUGGAGGGACGGGUGUAGUGAUACUUAUAUUCAUAGGGAUGAUCGUUCUAUUGUUAAAAGAAGGUGCCAGAGGAGACGGAGAAGAGGCCGUGAAGUACUCGUGCGAGCCCCCACACCAUCCCCAGUCAUGCCAGCGCCUCAACCAGCGCCACUCAGACGCUCAACCAGACAGAGGCGCCCACCCAUCAGACUGUUAUAUUGAUUUGUGUUCAAUGCUCUUUUCCAAUGCUCGCAUUGCUUAUCUUUCCCUCUGUCGUUCCCCUCCUUCAAGUUCCACGAGUCUUCGUUUGGCUAUUUCCCUGGCACGUCCAAUCUGA